AUGGCAACUCUUUAUCUCGAAGAUGGCUCUUGCUUUAAAGGAAUGUCGUUUGGUGCUGGAGUAAAUGUAGCCGGAGAAGUUGUGUUUCAGACUGGUAUGGUUGGGUAUCCUGAAUCUUUAACAGACCCUUCAUACAGACGACAAAUAUUAGUCUUAACCUACCCAUUAAUUGGUAAUUACGGUAUACCAGCUGAUUCUAAUGAUGAAUUUGGUAUUAAGAAUUGGUUUGAAUCAGGUGAAAUCCAUGCUUCAGCUUUGAUUAUUGGUGAUAUCACAGAGAAAUAUAGUCAUUGGAGUGCCAUACAAUCACUAUCAUCAUGGCUUGAAGAUCAAAAUAUUCCAGCUAUAUGGGGUGUAGAUACUAGAUCAUUAACGAAGAAAAUUCGCGUCAAAGGAACAAUGUUAGGAAAGGUAGUAAUGGAUGGAGAACAAGCUGAUAGUAUUUCCAUGACAGAUCCGAAUCUCAUCAACUUAGUGGCUGAAGUUUCAUUAAAGGAACCGAUGACCUUUAACCCUGAUGGUCAUGUAAAAAUAGUAGCUAUAGAUUGUGGUAUAAAGAAUAAUCAAAUAAGAUGUUUGUGUAAACGUGGUGCCUCAGUUACAGUUGUGCCUUGGAAUUAUCAUAUAAAAAGUUCAGAAUAUGAUGGUUUAUUUUUGAGUAAUGGACCAGGUGAUCCUAAGAUGUGUCAAUCAACUAUAGCUAAUAUCAAACAAAUAGUAGCAGAAGAUCAGUAUAAACCUGUAUUUGGUAUAUGUUUAGGACAUCAAUUAUUAUCACUAGCAAUAGGUGCUACUACAUUCAAAAUGAAAUAUGGUAAUAGAGGCCACAAUCAACCGUGUUUAUAUGAAGAUACUAUACGAUGUUACAUUACUACUCAGAAUCACGGUUUUGCUGUAGAUGCUAACACUCUACCUAAAGGCUGGAAGCCACUCUUUACUAAUGCUAAUGAUAAAACAAAUGAAGGUAUUAUUCAUGAAACUAAGCCAUUCUUUAGUGUACAGUUUCAUCCAGAGAGUAUGGGAGGUCCUGAAGAUUUGGAGAUUUUAUUUGAUGUGUUCCUUGAACAGGUUACAGCACAUAAAAUUGGCGACAAAAUGUUUACAGUGAAUGAGAGAUUAUAUAAUACAUUAAGAAAUCCAAACAAUUCCAUGAUAAAACUGCCACAGAUUCAACCAAAGAAAGUAUUGAUAUUAGGAUCAGGUGGUUUAUCUAUUGGACAAGCUGGGGAGUUUGACUAUUCUGGUUCUCAGGCAAUCAAAGCAUUAAAAGAAGAAUCUGUACAGAUAGUGUUAAUAAAUCCCAAUAUAGCCACAGUGCAGACAUCGAAAGGUUUAGCUGAUAAAGUUUAUUUUCUACCUAUUACUACAGAUUAUGUUAAACAGGUGAUCAAAUCAGAAAGACCAGAUGGAAUAUUGUUAACCUUUGGUGGUCAGACAGCAUUAAACUGUGGUAUAGAGUUGACUAAACAAGGAAUACUGGAACAAUAUUCAGUUAAAGUCCUAGGUACUCAGAUAGCAUCAAUUGAAUGGACUGAGGACAGAAAAAUUUUUGCUGAAAAAAUGGCAGAAAUUAAUGAAAAUGUGGCACCAAGUGAAGCUGCAGAAACAGUAGAACAGGCUGUACAAGCUGCAGAGAGAUUGGGUUAUCCAGUAUUAAUAAGAGCAGCUUUUGCUCUAGGUGGAUUAGGUUCAGGUUUUGCUGAUAAUAAAGAAGAACUAGUAACUCUGGCAUCUGCUGCCUUUGCUCAUACAACUCAAGUUUUAAUUGAUAAAUCAUUGAAAGGUUGGAAAGAGGUAGAAUAUGAAGUCGUUCGAGAUGCUUAUGACAAUUGUAUCACGGUGUGUAAUAUGGAGAAUGUAGAUCCAUUAGGUAUUCAUACAGGAGAGUCUAUAGUGGUAGCACCAAGUCAAACAUUAACCAAUAUAGAAUAUAAUAUGUUACGAACUACAGCUAUUAAAGUUAUUAGACAUCUUGGUGUAGUAGGAGAAUGUAAUAUACAAUAUGCCUUAAAUCCACAGUCACAACAAUAUUUUAUAAUAGAAGUCAAUGCUAGAUUAUCAAGAAGUUCAGCUCUGGCCAGUAAGGCCACAGGCUAUCCAUUAGCUUACGUAGCAGCCAAAUUAGCAUUGAAUAUACCUUUACCAUGUUUAAAGAACUCUGUAACCAACUCCACAACAGCAUGUUUUGAGCCUAGUUUAGAUUAUUGUGUGGUGAAAAUACCUAGGUGGGAUCUAAAGAAGUUUUCUAGAGUUUCUACAAAAAUUGGAAGUUCCAUGAAAAGCGUAGGUGAAGUUAUGGCUAUUGGUAGGAAGUUUGAAGAAGCGUUUCAGAAAGCUUUAAGAAUGGUGGAUGAGAAUGUGGCUGGGUUUGAUCCCUAUCUACAAUCUGUCUCAGAAAAUGAAUUACAACAUCCUACAGACAGAAGAAUAUUUGUAGUAGCUGCAGCUUUUAAACAUGGAUACGAUACAGAGAAAUUAUAUAACCUAACUAAAAUAGAUCAUUGGUUCCUCAAUAAGAUGAAAAAUAUUACUGAUCAUUUACAAGUUAUAGAAAAAUAUCAGGGACAACCAAAGAAAGUACCAAGGGAUGUCAUAUUAAAAGCUAAACAACUUGGUUUCUCUGAUACUCAAAUAGCUACUGCUGUUUCUAGUACUGAGCUUGUAUUAAGAAAACAGAGACAAGACUAUAAUAUUUUGCCUAGUAUAAAACAGAUUGACACAGUGGCUGGAGAAUGGCCAGCCUCUACCAACUAUCUGUAUUUAACGUACAAUGGUGACCAACAUGAUGUAGAUUUCCCUGGUGGCCAUGUUAUGGUUAUUGGGUCUGGUGUCUAUAGAAUUGGUAGCAGUGUUGAGUUUGACUGGUGUGCCGUCAAUUGCAUUAGACAGUUAAGAAAGUUGGGAUAUAAAACUAUAAUGGUGAACUAUAAUCCAGAAACAGUUAGUACAGAUUAUGAUAUGUGUGAUAGAUUAUAUUUUGAUGAAAUUUCUUUUGAGGCUGUAAUGGAUAUAUAUUUGAUAGAGAAUCCAGAUGGUAUUAUAUUAUCUGUUGGUGGACAGUUACCUAAUAAUAUAGCAAUGUCUUUACAUAGACAGCAGGCUAAAAUUUUAGGAACAUCACCUGAUAGUAUUGAUAAUGCUGAAAAUAGAUUUAAAUUUUCACGAAUGUUAGAUAAUAUGUCAAUCGGACAGCCAUUGUGGAAGGAAUUAACCACUAUAGAGACAGCUAAGCGGUUUGCUGAAGAAGUAGGGUAUCCAUGUUUAAUUCGACCAUCCUAUGUAUUAAGUGGUGCUGCUAUGAAUGUAGCCCAUUCCCACACUGAUCUAGAGACAUAUUUAACUCAAGCUAGUGCUGUAUCUAAAGAACAUCCUGUUGUUAUUUCUAAAUUUAUUUUAGAAGCAAAGGAAAUAGAUAUAGAUGCUGUAGCUUGUGAUGGAGAAGUUGUUUGUAUGGCUGUGUCAGAACAUGUUGAAAACGCUGGUGUACACUCAGGUGAUGCUACAUUAGUCACACCACCACAAGAUCUCAAUGAGGAGACAUUGUCUAAGAUCAAAGUUAUUACUCUAGCUGUUGCUAGAGCAUUAGAAGUUACUGGACCAAUGAAUAUUCAACUCAUUGCCAAGGACAACCAGCUCAAAGUAAUAGAAUGUAAUGUGAGAGUAUCUAGAUCAUUCCCAUUUGUAUCAAAAGCUUUAGAUCAUGAUUUUAUAGCAACAGCAACCAAUGUCAUAAUGGGAGAGACGGUUGAACCGUGUAAUGUUAUUUAUGGUAGUGGUAAAGUAGCUGUAAAGGUACCAGUGUUCUCGUUCUCUCGCCUACAAGGAGCUGAUGUGUUACUAGGUGUUGAAAUGGCUAGUACAGGAGAGGUAGCAGCUUUUGGUGAAAACAGAUAUGAAGCUUAUCUGAAGGCUCAAAUUAGUACAGGUUUCCAGAUUCCACAUAAAAACAUUCUACUGUCUAUUGGUAGCUAUAAGUAUAAGAACGAAUUAUUACCUACCAUAAAGACAUUAUUAGACUUGGGUUAUAAUCUAUUUGCUAGUAUGGGUACUGCUGAUUUUUAUAAUGAACAUGGUUUCAAGGUCAAAGGAGUAGAUUGGCCAUAUGAAGAUACAGAUCAGUUAAAUCAUAAUGGUGUAGAACAACGAACCAUUGCUAAUUAUCUAGCUGAAAAUAUGUUUCAUCUAGUGAUAAAUCUCCCCUUACGUAAUGGUGGAUCUCACAGAGCAUCAACCUUUAUAACACAGGGUUAUAGAACACGUAGAAUGGCUGUGGAUUAUUCUGUACCAUUGAUUACUGAUGUUAAAUGUGUCAAAAUGAUUGUAGAGGCAUUGAGAAUAUUACGAGAACCACCAGCAGUUAAAACACAUAUAGAUUGUAUUUCAUCACAAAAAGUCUUUAGAUUACCAGGGUUGAUUGAUGUUCAUGUCCAUGUUAGAGAGCCUGGUGCUACAUAUAAAGAAGAUUGGGCGUCUGCUACUGCUGCAGCAAUAGCAGGGGGAAUAACUCUCAUACUAGCCAUGCCUAAUACAAACCCUCCAACAGUUGAUCAGGCUGCAUUUAAUGUUACUAAAAAUUGUGCCCAGAAAGGUGCUAGAUGUGAUUAUGGUAUAUUUGUUGGUGCUAGUUCAGAUAAUUAUCAAAUAUUACCUCAAAUAGGUCCUCAAGCUGCUGCCUUAAAAAUGUACCUAAAUGAAACAUUUACAACAUUGAAACUAGAUAGUGUAGCUGUUUGGAUGAAGCAUUUUGAAAACUGGCCAAAGAAUUUACCAAUUUGUGCUCAUGCUGAAGGAACUACUACAGCUGCUAUUAUUUUAUUAGCUGAUUUAUAUAAGAGACCUGUUCAUGUUUGUCAUGUUGCUAGAUUAGAGGAGAUAAUGGUUAUUAAAGCUGCCAAAGAGAAAGGAUUAGCAGUAACAUGUGAAGUAGCACCACAUCAUUUAUUCCUAACUGCUGAAGAUUUGAGUAAUAUAGGAUCUGACAGAGGACGUGUCAAGCCACCAUUGGUUACGAAGGAAGAUCAAGAGGCAUUAUGGGAUAAUAUGGAUAUUAUUGACUGUUUUGCUACAGAUCAUGCUCCACAUAGCGUAGAAGAAAAAACUAGUGAUAAAGCACCACCUGGUUUUCCUGGCUUAGAGACAAUGCUACCAUUAUUAUUAACAGCAGUCACUGAAGGCAAAUUAACACUAGAGGAUUUGAUUUCAAGAUUAUACACCAAUCCCAGACGUAUAUUUAAUCUACCAGAACAACCAGACACAUAUAUUGAAGUAGACAUGAACAGUAGGUGGAUUAUUCCACAACAUAUGAAAUACAGUAAAUCAAAAUGGACACCGUUUGCUGGUAAAAGUGUCUGUGGUGCUGUAAGAAGAGUAGUUAUUCGAGGGGAAACUGCCUUUAUUGAUGGAGAGAUUUUGAUAGAGCCCGGAUAUGGUCAAGAUAUUAGAACAAUGGUACAACCUAAUCAACACCUUAAUAUUGUGGAACCACCUCAGUUAAAUAUAGCCAUAUCACAACAGACCAAUAUCUCCGAGCCAUCCAGCCCACGAGAUGGACAGAGAUGGCUAGCUCCAGCUCCACUGAAAUCACCUUAUGGUUCACAAGAGUUACAUGCUGGAAUGUUAGAUAGUGUUCCUAUUUCAUCUCAUCAGCAGCAACAACAACACCAGUCAUUCCAACCUGUUGGUUUACCUCAUUAUACCCCUGGGCUAACUGGAAGUCAUAUUUUGUCUGUAGCAUCAUUUAACCGUGAGCAGUUACAUCAAUUGUUUAAUUUAGCCCACAAUUUCCGUGUUGGGGUAAUGAGAGAUAGACCAUUAGAUUAUAUUCUGAAGGGAAAAGUCAUGGCCUCUAUGUUUUAUGAAGCAUCAACAAGGACAAGUUGUUCCUUUGCAGCAGCUAUGAUGAGAUUAGGUGGAUCUGUCAUUAAUCUGAAUGAAGUAACUUCCUCUGUUCAAAAAGGAGAAAGCCUGAAUGAUACCAUAGCUAUGAUGUCAGGAUAUGCUGAUGUUAUUGUUAUGAGACAUCCAAAACCUGGCACAGUUCUGUCUUCAGCCAGAACAUGUCGUAAACCAGUUAUAAAUGCAGGAGAUGGAGUGGGUGAACAUCCCAGUCAGGCUUUAUUAGAUGUCUUUACGAUUAGAGAAGAAAUAGGUACAGUCAACAAUUUAACAAUAACUAUGGUUGGAGAUUUAAAGAAUGGUAGAACAGUACAUUCAUUAGCUAGAUUAUUAACUUUAUACAAAGUUAAUUUAAGAUAUGUAGCACCACCUGGUCUGAAGAUGCCUGAUGAUAUUCAAGAUUUUGUUGCUUCUAAAGGCAUUAGACAGGAAGAGUGUUCUUCUCUAGAAAAGGCGUUAUUAGAUACAGAUGUAUUAUAUAUGACAAGAAUACAGCGAGAACGUUUCUCUAGUAAAGAAGAUUAUGAAAAGGCUUGUGGACAGUUUGUUAUCACACCUGAGUUAAUGACGAAAGCUAAAAAGAAAAUGGUGGUAAUGCAUCCACUGCCUCGACUGGAUGAAAUAAGCUCAAGUUUUGAUACAGACCCCAGAGCAGCAUAUUUCAGACAGGCAGAAAAUGGAAUGUAUGUUAGAAUGUCUUUACUUGCAUUGGUACUAGGCAAAUGUUGAAGAGAGUUGGAAUUUUUAUGUUCAUCAAGUAACAUGUUAUCUCAAAUUUUGUUGUAAUUUGUCAUUGUAAAUAGUACACAGUCAUUCAUCUCGCUUUUUGGUCUAUUCGUCAAAUAAUUGUUUUUCUUUUAUUUUAUUGAUAUACCAAACUUUCCUUAUAUCAAAAUACCUAAUAAUAGUGCUAUAUAUACAGUGUUGAAACCUAUAUUCAUACAUUCAAGGAUUAAACAUCAAAUUUUGUUAAAAUUAAAAAAACGGAAAGAAGUUUCAUUAUAACUAAUGACAAUUCCUUCAAAGAACAAUGAUUUAAAAGAAAAAAA